CGUCAUACAGGAAAAACAUCGUCGCGAGCCAGGCCAGGCAAGCCGCAGGGGUGUGUAGGCAAAAUAACUACAUGGGAAUGAGAAGAAUAAACAAAACGAUGAUUCAGUCUGUGUGUCUGUCUGCACCCCACCAUAGCCCUGGAUCACUCGGGUAUGAACUGGAUGUGCCAUGCAGAGAAGACACAGCAGCAACACGGAUGGCAUGCCCUCUGAAAGGAGCCGUAGCCAAACCCUUGGAUCAGAAAGCAGCCUGGACGAAGGAGGUGUGUUUGACUGCCUGAAACCUGACUCGCCCACCUCCCCCCAGCAGCUCUUCUCCGGCCUGGUUGGGGUCGGGGUUCCCUCGGGAUCUGGUGUGCCCUCCGCAAACUUCCAGGCGGCUGGUCUUGUUCUGGGGACUCCUCCAGACGUCUUCAUCCAGAUGACUGCCUCCUCCAGGGAGGAAGGGGGGCCACACCGCUCUGAAUGUGGGCCCUACCUCCCCCGUCCGCCCCCGCACCAUCAUCACAACCACCACCACUUCCACCAGCCACUACAGCACCGUACAUCUGGAGAGAGGCAUGGGAACAGGGAGGAGGCCUCGGAAGACCCCUCUACACCGGCUCCGGCCUUGUCGGAGCUGAAGCCUGUAGUCACCUGGCUACAGAGGGGGUUCCCGUUCAUCCUGAUCCUCCUGGCUAAAGUGUGUUUUCAGCACAAGCUCGGUAUUGCUGUCUGUAUUGGGAUGGCCAGCACGUUUGCCUUCGCCAAUUCAUCAUUCAAGCACCAGGUGUCACUACGGGAGGAGAGGUCUGUGGUUGUAGCUCUCUGGAUGAUCAUGUUCCUAUCUGGAAACAUAGUGUAUCUCUACUACACAUUCAGUGCUGAGGAGCUGUACAACAGUCUGAUGUUUGCAAAGCCCAACAUAAACAGCUUUGACUUCUUUGAUCUAAUCUGGGCGGUGGGGAUCACCGACUUUGUUCUCAAGUACUUUACAAUCGGCCUGAAGUGCUUCAUCCUGUUUCUACCCAAGAUCCUCCUGGCCUUCAAAUCCAGGGGUAAGUUCUACCUGGUGAUAGAGGAGCUGAGUCAGUUGUUCAGGGCCUUAGUGCCCAUCCAGCUGUGGUACAAGUACAUCAUGGGAGAGGACCCGUCCACCAGCUACUUCCUAGGAGCCAUGCUCAUUAUCAGCUACAGCCUCUGCAAGGUAACGUAGCGCUAAUAUAACUCACCCACAGCUUCUACAAGGUAACGUAGUGCUAAUAUAACUCACCCACAGCCUCUACAAGGUAACGUAGCGCUAAUAUAACUCACUCUCAACCUCUACAAGGUAACGUAGCGCUAAUAUAACUCACCCACAGCCUCUACAAGGUAACGUAGCGCUAAUAUAACUCACCCACAGCUUCUACAAGGUAACGUAGCGCUAAUAUAACUCACCCACAGCCUCUACAAGGUAACGUAGCGCUAAUAUAACUCACCCACAGCUUCUACAAGGUAACGUAGCGCUAAUAUAACUCACCCACAGCCUCUACAAGGUAACGUAGCGCUAAUAUAACUCACUCUCAACCUCUACAAGGUAACGUAGCGCUAAUAUAACUCACCCACAGCCUCUACAAGGUAACGUAGCGCUAAUAUAACUCACCCACACCUUCUACAAGGUAACGUAGCGCUAAUAUAACUCACCCACAGCCUCUACAAGGUAACGUAGCGCUAAUAUAACUCACACUCAGCCUCUACAAGGUAACGUAGCGCUAAUAUAACUCACCCACAGCCUCUACAAGGUAACGUAGCGCUAAAAUAACUCACCCACAGCCUCUACAAGGUAACGUAGCGCUAAUAUAACUCACCCACAGCCUCUACAAGGUAACGUAGCGCUAAUAUAACUCACCCACAGCCUCUACAAGGUAACGUAGCGCUAAAAUAACUCACCCACAGCCUCUACAAGGUAACGUAGCGCUAAUAUAACUCACCCACAGCCUCUACAAGGUAACGUAGCGCUAAUAUAACUCACCCACAGCCUCUACAAGGUAACGUAGCGCUAAUAUAACUCACCCACAGCCUCUACAAGGUAACGUAGCGCUAAAAUAACUCACCCACAGCCUCUACAAGGUAACGUAGCGCUAAUAUAACUCUCACUCGGCCUCUACAAGGUAAUGUAGCGCUAAUAUAACUCACCCACAGCCUCUACAAGGUAACGUAGCGCUAAUAUAACUCUCACUCGGCCUCUACAAGGUAACAUAGCGCUAAUAUAACUCACCCACAGCCUCUACAAGGUAACGUAUCGCUAAUAUAACUCACCCACAGCCUCUACAAGGUAACGUAGCGCUAAAAUAACUCACACUCCUUUAUGUGUAGGUGGUGGUAGUUAUAUUCAAUGUUGUUGGAGUAGCCUGUUCAAUGGAGUCCUAUUCAGUUAUAUUCAACUCUAUAUUUAAUGGAGUUAUUGGUAUUGUGAUUGCUAAAUGUGGGUGGGUGGGGGUAGUGUAUGUGCAAGAAAUGCAUGAUAAAUAGGCUAAAGCAUGAAGACAUCAUGGGUGGCUACAGCUUUGAAAGUAUUAUGGGUUGAGAUGAGACACUGGAGAAAUUUAGUCAUAGUUGUUCAUAGAUGUGUGUCCUCAGAAGGUUGCAAAAUGGGACAGGACACUGCACCUCACUGAGUGGUUAAAGAAUAGAACAUUUCAUUCAGUUAAGAAUAGAAAAGGAACCAGAAUAUAUUGACCUAGUAGAGAAUUGUGUUAGUUAGAAAGAACGUCAUAAGUUCAAAUUUUGUAAUGUUUUCAGGAUAAUAUUCAGUGGUCACCAACCCUGUUCCUGGAAAGCUGGAGGUGCAGUUUUUUGUUUCCAUCCCUGCACUAAUGCACCCGAUUCUAGAGCCUUGACUGUUUGUGUUUAUCUUUCAGUCGUUUGACCUCUGUGGACGAGUAUCAGCCAUACGCAAGGCCAUGGCAAUUCUCUGCAGUUCUCAGAGUUAUGGUGUGAGAGCCAGCAGCCAGCAGUGCAGUGAAGCCGGAGACGUGUGUGCUAUUUGUCAGGGCGACUUCAGAGACCCCAUCGUUCUUCUCUGUCAGCAUGUGUUCUGUGAGGAGUGCCUGUGUCUGUGGUUCGACCGUGAGCGAACGUGCCCCCUGUGUCGAUCUGCGGUCAUAGAGACCCUGCACUGCUGGAAGGACGGCACCACCUCUGCCCACGUCCAGAUCUACUAGUGAUUGAUGGCCAGAUGCCCACCAGACACUGGGUGGCACUAUGGAGUCCAAUUUAGUAUGCCAUUAAUGUAUCAAGUCAGUUACUAUACCUUCUCUACACCGCUGUCACUAUCACUGUCACAGUGCUUGUCUAAGUUCUUGCAAAGUUCUUGCAAAGAAAUAGAAUAUUAACUUAUCUCAGUGUGAUCCAGCACCAUGUGGUAUGGGUUAGUAUUCUGGCAAAGGGUACCAAGAGUAGUAUCUCAGUGCAACAAUUGCUUGUUUGCUCAUGUAUUUAGUUUUAUUUAGUUACUUGUGCAUUUCACCUGAUUUGUAGUGUAGAUUCAGCUUAUGUUUAAUGACAUUAUUUAAAAUACAAAAACUUUAUAGAAAAAGUCACAGGUUCUGUUGUCUCAUUGUGUAUCUGACUUUCCAAUUAAACCAUGAUUUAUGCAGUA